AGUGUCAACUACUCUCACCAGUCUCUUCUGAUACAACCUCAGUACCAGUAGUAUCACAGACCCCCCUUCAAAAUCAGAGUUUGUCUGCACAUGCUAAUGAAUCUCGCCCAAAAGUGAGUGACAAAUCACAAAGAAUAAGCGAUGACACAGCAGUUCCGCAGCACCACCAUCAUAAAUUGGACGCUAUAUCUGCUUCUUCAUCUUCAUCAGUGCCCAGAGCGAGCAAGCCAAGUUCAACGAGGGACCAUAGAGAGGGACAUGAGGGCACAGUGGCACAUUUGUCUGGCACCCAUAAAGUUGUUCAAGACAGAGACAAAAUACCGUGUGUUUCAGUGCAAGAAAUAGAAGAAAGACCUCAGUUAAAAUCCAAGUCUGAGGAUAAAACUGACAGUGGAGUGUCCAGGUUAGCAAACUCUCAACAGUACAUAUGCAUUGAAGCAAGCAAAUGUAAUGAUAAUAUAAGACAAAUGGAAAAUGAUAGACAGUCAGAACAUGCAACGACAAGAGAGCAAAGUAGCAAGAAAACUAGUGCAUCUGCAAUGAGUCUCAUACACAUCAGUCGACAGGAAAAACAACAACACACUUCUUCGCACUUGGUUGACAUCUCCCAUUCCCGACCAGCUGCCACUCAGGAGGCACCACUCACUCGCUCUGCAGAUACUCUCACUGUUCCUGCUUCUUUAGUUCCCCCUUCUCUUCCUUCUUCUUCUUCCAUCCAUAGAGUGACGCACCAUCAGUCAUCCACCAAAGAUCAACAACAGAGUCCUCAGAUAUCCAGUAAUGUUGUGCACAAUACUCAGAGGAAGACAGAUCAUAUCGUUACUAGUCCCCAGCCCGAAAAAUUGGUCCAGCAAGUUCAGCACAUGCCCACACCCAAGUCUCACCCAGCUCAGCAACUUCAACAACAACAACAGCAGCAGCAGCAACAUCAACAGCAACAACAUCAGCAACAGCAGCAGCAACAACAGCAGCAGCAACAGCAACAACAACAGCAGCAACAGCAGCAGCAGCAACAACAGCAGCAGCAGCAACAACAACAGCAGCAGCAGCAACAACAACAGCAACAACAGCAGCAGCAACAACAACAGCAGCACCAUCAUCAUCACCAACAGCAACCAUCCAAGGAGACCAUUGUGAUGCAGAGAUCACCAGCAAGUGUGCAUGGAGUCCCAUCACAGCCCCAUUCGCAGCAGCAUCAACAGCAGCAGUCACUUGCAAAGUACCAGUCCAGUCAGAAACAAGGACAGCAGCCCCAGCCUCAGCCUCAGCAGCAACAAGCAAAUCCUUCAUCUGCUACAAAUAAUACUCAGCAGCAGCAUUCUCAGCGACAGCAACAUCAGCACCAAGCGCACCACCCUUCGCAACAGCAUACAGCUACUAAUAUAAAUCAGCCACACCUGAAUCAAGCAGCCAUACAAAAGCACCAGCAAUCACAAACACAGCAUCUCACUCAGCAGCAGCAACACCAACAACAACAGAAUUCAAUUGUUCAGCAGCAGGUGCCUGGACAUUCAUUACUGGGCCACAACACCAACAUUGUGGCUGGUGUUGCAGGAGCUGUUGUAGGUGAUGUUGGUGAUGUCCUAGGGGACAAGGGAACCUCAGGCCAAGUACCUGGUGCAGCUAUGCAAGCCAGCCAUCAGCCUGGGAUGGUUACCAUGCCAUAUCAUCCCCCAAUGGUCACAGCACCAAGCUACAUGCAGCCACCAACCUAUGACUAUAAUGCCUAUUGUCGGAAAGCCCCACACUCACCUCGUUCGGAAGGCAGGCACCAGUGCUAUGGCUAUGGCAAGCAGCACCAAUAUCAGCAUGGGGAUCUCCUACCUCCAGAUGCCACAAUGAUGCCUGACCCAAGACUGGCUCAUAAUCCACCCAUGCCCAUGCCUGGGCCUUUCCUGGAGACAACUGACGAACCACCACCCAUGCGCCCAGAACCAGCAUCAGAACAUGUUAGGUACUUCUCUGUGAGUCACUUAGUCAGUCAUUCAAAUGAGCCAAGAAAAACAUCCAUAAGUGGUCAGCAGAAAGAUGGAUCAGCAUCCCACACAGAGGACAAAUCCAAGGACACAACAAGGACGAAAUCAGGCAGCAGGAAGUCUGAGAGUAAGUCCCGAGGGGCAGGAGGAACCAAGAGUAGUUCUCAAGGUGACUCCCAUUCCAGAAGAAGGAGCCCAGCAAGAGGGUCUCAACAAGGCAAUAGUGGUUCAGUGGCUCCUGCAAUGUGGAGCAACAAAUCCUCCACUGUGCACAAGCAAGGACAUAACUACUCAGCAGAGGCUCUCUUAAGCACUCAAAAUUAUGGCAGGCCAACACACAGGCCACCUGCAAAUCAAAAUUAUCCAAUCAUGGCUCCGAAUCAGAUGUACCAAAGCAAUUAUUCCCCACAGCAGAUGAAGAACUUUGUUCCCAACACCUCUUUUGGAUAUACUAGCCAUGAUCGGAGUGGUCAGAGUGGUUGCAACCCAGAUUACAAUUUCCAGUUGCAUACCCAGGCUUCAGGUUCCUUAGCAUAUGGAAGCAAUAUGGCAUACAUGCCCACAGGAUACCCAUAUCAAAAUUUGCCUCCCUCAUCAUCCUCUAUGCUGUCUGGUGAUAUCAUGGCACCACCACACCCAGCAGGCCCUUAUCCUCGCUUCCAUGAAUUCCCAACAGACCAAAGCAACUUUCCACCAAACCCAACAUUUCCAUUGCCACUGGAUCCCCAAGAUGUAUGCAGUGGAGGGGGACUGAUGGGAGCAGCUAGUAGUGCAAUGGCUGUGCGAGCACCUCACUCUGACAUGCAGCUUGUACCCUCCUCGUCAGUUUCUUCUACAGUGGCAUAUUCAAGAUCCAAUUCAAAUCGAAGCAGUGGGAACAUAGGAGUGAGUUCAAGCGUUGGAGGUAGUAUCAGUACUAGUAACCACACAAUAGGAAGCAGUAGCGGAGUGAGCUCUAAGAGACCUCGUUAUGGAGAAUCCAACAUGGUGAGCAGUGGGAUGGGAGGAUCUGCAAAUCUCUUGGAAGGUGGGGCACUCGCUCACAUUCCUCUCCAUUCCUUUACACCUCCUUGUGAUGAUCCAACAUUGGUUCAUUCAAAUUUGUUCCCAGGGACAGCGCCCAGGCACCAAAGCAAUUUCCUCUUGGGUCCUGAUAAUCUCAUGCCAAUCAAUACUGCUCAGUACCCAGGGACUAGUACUGGCACAGGGUCAGGAGGGACAGGUCAAUUGGGAGCAGGUGGAGUGGCAGGUCCCCCAGGCACCCGUGCAGGUUCAUCUGUUGUACUACCACCUGGUGCACCACCAGGACAUGUUCCUUUCAGCCCCUUGCGUGUGAUGGACAGACAGCAGGUCAACAUGGCACCUCCCACAGCUCCGCACCUUUCCUCAUCAUUGUCCAACUUCAAUCUGACCAGCAUCAUCCCAGAGAUUGAUGGAAAGGGAGGAGAAAACAAUGGAGGAAUGGGUUCUACAUCUCGUGGAACCGCCAUAGGUAACAAUGAAGUUCUUGGUGCAGCCAUCCCGGGCCAAGCACGGUUACCUCCAAUGCCCUCUUCUCUGUUACCACCAGCAGAACCUCUCAAGGGGUUACCAACUGAUGCAAAUAGACUCCCUCCUCCAGUCCUGAAUAAUUCCAUGAAUAAUAUAUUCACACACACCCCACAUCAUCAGGUUGGACUUGGCUUGAACUCUUCCCUGCCUCUGCCUCCAACGACUUUCUCUGGCAUCAACUUCCCGACACCCGACCACUAACUGGCAACAUAAUAACGACAGCAAUAGAUAAACUGGUACAUUAGUAUUCCUUUGAAUAAAGUGCCAAGGUGAUUCAGGAGUGAGAUUUGUAAAUGUGUAUGUAGAUAUGGAUAUGUGAUAGAUAUAUAGGAACAUUUAUUCAAUGUUGCUUAAAGAAGAGUAGGCAGAAAAGAAAGCAAAUUAUAAAUGGAAUGAUUUUUCUUCAAAAUAUUUUGAAGUGGACUAAGAAUAUGUGAUAAAGCAUUCACAUACUGCAUUAAGGAUUUGUUGGUAUAAGCAGUAAAUUAUGUAAAUAAUAUUCUGUACAAGGUUUGUGAAAAUUAUUUCACUUUAUAGAAUGCGUGAAAUGUCUGUGAUAUUAUUAUUUAGUGUUUUUAUUUACAUAUGAAAUAGUGUUUACAACAUGUGUUCUGUAAUAUUUAUGAAUUACAAUAAAGUUGCAGUUAAUUA